UCCUAAUAUAGGCGAAGAGACACACACAUAGAGAGAGAGAGAGAGAAUGCCGUUGGGGAAAUACUACUGCGACUACUGCGACAAGGAAUUCCAAGACACCCCAUAUGUUCGGAAACGCCAUCUCCAAGGUCUCCAACACCUUAGAAACAAGGCUCUCUGGUUCGACUCCUUCCAAUUCAAAGAUGCUAACCAGGCUUACACUGAAGGAUUUGGCAAAGGGGUGUGCAACCGCUUUGUCAAGACGGGGUUUUGCCAGUAUGGAGAUUCUUGCAAAUAUGUUCAUCCCAAAAACAACUUAGCAAAUGUUAAUAAUCAAGGCAUAUCAGGCUUUGUGGAUAACAAUCAGUCACCAAUUAUCCCUGGAAAUCAGUCGGUUGGAGGCAGUUUUUCAGGGGAUGUAGUACGAGAUAAUAUGGGAAUGUCAUGGGGCAAUUUACCUCCAUCUCUAAAGCCUCCUCCAGAGGGUGGAUAUCCUUCUCUUCCCUCUGUGGAUUGGGGAUAGGUCUGCUACUUCAUUUAGUCACCUUUUUGUGUGGUGCCAGUAAUAGAGUUCCUUCUAUAUUUCCUAUUACCUUUCCUCAACAUACAUUUUUUUUUUUUUUUUUUUUUUUUUCUUCGAGAAAGUUUCCUCAACAUACUUGAUAUGGUUACUAUCUAAUUUGAGAUAUGUGUGGAUAUAGGUUCAUGCAGCUUCUGUAUGUGAUAGUUGAGUGGAAGAUGUUGCUCAUUUUUCCUCUAUUAAGGAAAAAGAAAGGAAGUGUUUUUGAUGUGGGAGGUGUAACAAAAAUAUUAUUUUGAUUUACUUUUAUUUCCUUUUGGAAAUCAAUUGUAUUUUUAUUGGUCAAAUGUAUUUUAUUAUAGGUUUUAGUACUUAA